AUGGCAACUUUAAAUGAAAAGAAGACCUGCAGCCAACGGAUGGAAGAUUUCCGUCGUUUUGUCUGGAACCCAGAAACAAAGCUCUUCAUGGGAAGGUCCUUAAUUAACUGGGUGUGGAUCAUCCUCUACUAUCUGGCUUUCUACGUGGUGAUAUCGGGGCUGUUUGCACUCUCCAUUUAUUGUUUAAUGCAGACAAUUAAUCCCUACGAGCCGGAUUACCAAGACCAGCUGAAAUCCCCAGGUGUAACCUUACGACCCGAUGUUUAUGGGGAUAGAGGACUACAAAUUUAUUACAACGUAUCCGACAACAAAACCUGGGAAGGUUUAGUGACAAUUCUUGACACUUUUCUAACAGCAUAUACACCAGCUGCUCAGCAUCUGAACAUCAACUGCACCAAUAACACAUACUUCAUCCAGGACACCUUUGAUGGCCCAAAUAAAACGAAACUAUCCUGCAAAUUCACCUCAGAUAUGCUUCAGAACUGCUCUGGCAUCACAGAUCCAACUUUUGGAUUUCCAGAAGGAAAACCCUGUUUUAUUAUAAAAAUGAACAGGAUUAUCAAGUUUUUCCCUGGCAAUGGCACUGCACCAAGGGUGAACUGCUCAUAUGUGGGUGACGAGUCUCGCCCGCUGGAGGUGGACUACUACCCUGUGAACGGCACCUUCAACCUGCACUACUUCCCCUACUACGGGAAAAAGGCUCAGCCCAGCUACAGCAAUCCUUUGGUAGCUGUGAAAUUUCUCAACAUUACAAGGAAUGUAGAACUUAAAAUAGUGUGCAAGAUCAUUGGAGCUGGAAUUACGUUUGAUAAUGUUCAUGAUCCCUAUGAAGGAAAAGUGGAAUUUAAAUUGAAAAUAGAAGACUGAGCAGCAACAGAGACACUUCUGAAAAAUAUGUGAAGAGUAAACUUAACUAUUACCACAUUCAUCUAUAUUUAUUUUCUCAUUAYGGCUCCCAUAUAAAUUACAGUGCAGAGACAUUUUCUACUGCAAGAUGACCCACAGAGCUAAGAUUAAGAUCCAUCAAGAUCCCACUCUCAGAGUGUUAAGAUGAGGAUUAUCUCAAUGUACAUAGCUUAACAUUUCAUGGCUACAGUAUGCUGCUGCCUUCAUGCACAAAUUUGUACAAAACAAGUUUCUCCCAAGGGGUGUAGCUGUGCCUUCAAACAACGUAACUACAGACUCAAAACAUCACUUUGAAUAAUUUUUCAAACCAUAUUAAAUAAUUGAUGUAUGUUACUAAAUCGUGGUUAUUGAGAAAUAACUAGAUAGCUCAAAAAGGACAUCAAUACUCUGAAAUACUAGCAG